UAUCACAUUCAUCCAUAAUUUCGCAUUUUUGAGAAAACACUUCCGUAUUGGGUACUAAAUUAGGAACAAAAUGGUGCUUUCAGAAGAUUUUUCUUCAAUUAUUUUAGCACUAAUUUUUCUUAUUUUUACUCUAAUUUUAGUCAAUUUCUGGAAGAAUAAUCGAAAUUUACCUCCUGGACCGAUAGGUUUGCCAGUUUUUGGCUAUUACCCUUUCCUCACUCCCAAACCAUACCUAGAUUUUGCAGAUUUAGCAAAAAAAUAUGGCGAUUUAUUCAGUUUUAGGACAGUUGGCGGAAAAUUGUUUGUUGUUCUGAAUGGACACAAAACAAUUAAGUCUAUUCUGGUCAAUAGAGCUGAUGAAUUUAUUGGUAGGCCAAUAGAGAGUAAUUUAUUGGAAUGGAUUUCCGAUGGAAUGGGAAUUACUCAAGAGGAAGGGUCCCCCUGGAAAGAGCAUCGGCGAUUUUUUCUUCACUCGGCCAAAGCAUUCGGAUUCGGUAAUAUCGAAAUCGAAGAGACUAUUCAGGAAGAAGUGAGGACAGUUAUCGAAGCUAUAAAAGAGACGAAAGGAGAAUCAGCUGACUUCGAUCUCCACGUCGCUUAUGCUGUCAACAGUACCAUUGCCCUUAUAAUGUUCGGCAAGAAAUUCGAAAAGGAGAGUGACCUCUUUCCGAAACUCUCCAAAGGGGUUCGGGAUUUAAUAGCCAUUUUUGCAGACCACCGGUUCAUGCUGGUAGGACCCUUUUUUCAACACUUUGCGAUGAAAUAUUUGCCUUGGUCAAAAGAAGUCCGUGCAGGGCGACGUCUGUUGAAAGACACCGUAACUUCGGUUAUUGAUGAACAUGUUCGAACAUUUGAUCCAAAUUACCAAAGAGAUUACGUGGACGCCUAUCUUUCUCAGAUGGAAAAGUUAAAAGAUUCUGGUGAACUUAAGAACAGCACUUUUACAAUCCCUAGAUUGAUCUCCAUAUCGAUGAACAUGAUAAUGGAGGGAACUGAAACCGUGACCACCGCCAUCAUGUGCCUUCUGGUAGAAGCGAGCAAACAUCUUGAAGAACAAAUGCUGGUCCAAAAAGAACUGGAUGCUGUAGUGGGUAAAGAAAGACUACCCUCUUGGCUGGACAGGCAAAACUUACCCUACUUCCAGGCAUUCUUACAAGAGUUAUACAGAGUUAAUUUGCCAUUCAGCAUAACAACCCAUUACUGCAACUUCAAAGAAACUACUAUCAAUGGCUAUCGUAUUCCAGAGCGAAGUAUAUUUGUGGCCAACUUAUGGACCAUUAACAAUGAUCCAGAACUAUACCCGGAGCCAAAGAAAUUUAACGUACAAAGAUUUCUAGACACUGAUGGAAAAAGAAUUAAAACAGAGGGUCCUUACCCUUUCAGUCUAGGUAAAAGAGACUGUGUAGGUCAGUCUUUGGGACAAAUGGAAGUCUUCCUCAUCGUCUCAUCCAUACUACAACGUUUCACCCUCUACCCAGGAGCUGAAUAUGGUUUGAUAAGGGCUAUAUUGAGGGACUGAAACAUCCUCUGCAUGGACAGAAACUGAUAAAAACAAAUUUCAUUCAAAAA